AUGCUGAAGCGGAAGUCAAGUGACCUGAAGGUCUCCAAAGAGAAACUCGUGCUCAGCAUCAAUGUGCUCCUCUCACGAAUAGGCGGCCUGUGCUCGCUCAGCAUCGGUCUCACAAUGGCGGUGUUUGUCGAGCUGAUCGAGUUCAUCUACCUGCUUUUCUUUCAAUGUCGAGAUCACAGAAAGCAACGUUCGCACCAAACAUCAGUUUCCCUUAGCAACGAGCCCAUCUUAUGUCCGUACGUGAAGAAGAAGUCCAGCACUGCUUCGAGCAAAAACUUUCCUCAAGCCCAUCCUCUCAUCGGCCCCAAAUAUCAAGUCGAUGCGUCAAAGUAUGAUGCCGCAACUCGAACAGCGAAGGAAGAUACCAGCACAAAUGGGCCAAUCGGUGAGUUUGAGCCUCGGGACAGGUCCCACCAGCAACUCAAACAAGAGGAUUUGAACGGCGACAAGUGGUGCUCUCCGACAAAGCACAAUCAAGCCAGCCUCAAAGGACAGAGAAGCAAAGUAAGCUCAGCUUCUGUGAAGAAUCUGGGAGGAAUGCAAGCCAAGUUGUAG